CUAACAAUUGUUCACUUAUGGAUUUGUGGCGGGGGAAUCCCAUCCCAUUGCAGCGGGAUGACCUAAGCUUAAUAAAAAUCAGCGGAGGAGGAAAGGCAAUUCCCACCCGCUGCUCUCCUUGAUUCCCAGCUGGUAUCACCCUGCUGCCCUUGGCCGCUCCCUCACGGAUGGAGAUGGGGAGGGGCGCCGGUGCCUUUUCCCGUUCCUACCCCCGCGGAGGAGCGGGGGGAAGGAGCCGCUGCCUCGGCGCCGGGCUCGUUAACAAUGGAGCCAGACAUAAAAGCGAAUGAAGAUGUCAAAAGCCAGUUUAAGGCUUUUCAGGAGCAACAGCAAAGGCGGCUGCAAAAUUUGAUGGAGAGGAAGAAGGAGAGGCAGAACAGGCACAAGAACACUGGCAGCACAAUGGAGACUAUCAGAGCUCUGAGUGAUCUAAACCUGUUUAAAAAGGAACUUCCUGUGAAGGAAGAUACCAGCAAAAGUUUGCUGGAGGCUGAGAAUGAGCAGCUGCAGGAUCAGCUCCGAGAGGUUCGGGAUGAGAACUGCAGGCUCUACAAACUGGUGUCAGAGAAAGAUUUUGAAAUCCUACAGCUCCAGAAAAGAGUGCAGGAGGAGAGGUUGGCUCUCUCAGGGUUGUCUGGUUUAGGUGGAGACGUGGCAGCCACUAAAAUCGUUGAGCUGGCCAAAAAGAACCGUGAGGUGACUGCUGAGUUUGAGAGUGAGAGAGCCAGAGUGAAGCAGCUGAAUCACAAAGUCAAAGAGCUGGAGAGAGAACUACAGACAGCCACAGAAAAAAUCCAUUCCCUUGGUGGCAAUGCUGCAGGAAUGAAGGAAUCAACUCUGAAAAUGCUGGAAGGAAACUUGGCUGAAAGUCCAGAGGUGAAAGCACUGCAAGAAAAAUUGAGCGCAGCCAACGCCAAAGUGACGGACUAUCGGAACCAGCUCCAGAAUGUGAGACAGGAGCUGAGGCUGACCCAAAAGGUUUUAGCCAAAGAAGUUGGGGAAGAUGUGAAUAUCCAAAAUCUCUUGACCAGUUCUGGCAGCUGGCGUGGACGAGCUCAGCAAAUUCUUCUUCUCCAAACCAGGGUUCAAGAGCUGGAGCAUAAACUGAGUCAAAACAAGAUCAGAACUUCACUGCUUGAGAUGGGUGAGGGAUUUCUGGAUUUUCCUGAUCCUAGGAAGUUGUCAGUCCAAGAGAAGAACUUGCUGAAGAUUCGCACCUUGGAAAAAGAAAAGAAAGAAUCUUUGGAGAAACUCACGGGGCAACACAACACUCUCCAAAAAAACCAUGAGGAAUUGAAAAAGAAAUUUGAUGCCUCAAAAGCCAGGAACCAAAUUCUGUGUGAAGAAGUGAAGAUGCUGAAGAGACAGAUUGGAACCUUGCUGGAGAAAGGGAAACACGAUGAUGAGCUCAUAAAUGUCUUGCUGAGCCAGCAGAAGCAAAUGCAGGAGAUCUUAAAGAGCCUGAGCAUGAAGGAGAAUGAGAAGAUGGGGCAGUGCUUGAACGUUGAGACUCAGGAGCAAAAUGACCUGAUAGUCCAUCUCAGGGAGUUGGGGGCUGAGCAAGAAGCAAAGGUUAAAAUGCCAGAGAAGGAGAUUGGGCAACUCACAUGUCAGCAGAAGAGAUCUGCCCAUCCAUGUGACAAGUCAGGAGCUGCUCACCCAGCACCCUCUGAGCCCUCAGGAGCUGGAAGGACAGAACCUGCCCGCACAGUGUCCACCAUGGGCCACACGCUGGUGGAGUCAGCAGCCACGGAGCCUUUCUUCCUCAGGGAUAGCAGCCCCUCUGGAAGGGUGGAGGAAAGCAGCCACGAAGUCUUGGAAGCCGAGAAGACCCUUCAGGGAGAGCAGAGUGACAUCUUGGAGCAGCAGCUUGAAAAGCUGCAGGUGGAUCCAGGGAUCAGCACAAGGGCACAGAGCCCUGCCCUGAGCAGCACAAAAGCCCAGCCAAGGCCCAGCCUGAGUGUGAGUGACAGCCAGGAGCUCCCUGCAGCCCCAUCCGAGCUGCCCCUGGGCUCUCAGGUGGAGGAGCUGAUCCUCAGCCUCGGGAUCCAGCUGAAUGAGAACCAAGGUUUGAAGGCUCUCCUGGAGUCGACUCUGAGAGACAGAGGAGAAGAUUUAAAGCAGUAUCAAAUCAUAGUGGAGCAGCUGAAGGAUAUUUUUUUACAGGCCAUUCAGCAGCACACACAAGGGAAGGGUUAAGCCAGAUACUCCCAUUCCUUUGAGCUGCAGAGAAGAGAGCGAGCCCAGGCACCAGUGUCAUUUUGCAGCCUCAGAUCGUGUCACUUCUUUAGCAUUUGCAGCAGAGGAUGAGAAGCAGAGAUGAAAUACAGCAAGUGAAGGUUUUAUGUGUCAGCAGUUUGUCUGUGAGGGUUGGCAAGCAGGGCUGGUUGGUGCAGCUUGGGGAGCUGCAGUUCUGCAGGGGAUUUUGGGCAAAACCUCCCAGGGUUCAGCACAGUGUUCCCUGGGAGGGCUCCAUACUCAAUCUGCUGCUGCCUUUAUCAGUUCAGGAAGGAAUUUGCUGUACAAAAGUUUGGCCAACCCCCUUCCUUAGAACAAAACAAGCUCUGUUUUUAUCCCCACACUGCUACCUGCCUGUCUCAGCUUUCUGCAGCAUUUUCAGUGCUGAGGCACAGGAUUAGGCUGACCUGGAACUAUCUGCAAAUCAACUUUGGGUGGGCUCCUCUCACCAUUCCAGCCUCUUUCUUUGCUUGAGCACACUGGCAGCAGUUUUCUGAAACUCCAGUGAGUUUCCACUGAAAAGCUGUGCAGAUUACCCCUGCACUGAGUCACCUACCUUAAAUUCAUCUCAUCCCAUGCACAACUUGUCAUCCAGGUUAUGAAUUCCCUGUUUCUGCUUCUCUGCAUUCAUCCAUGAGGCAGAUCUUGUUCUCUCUGGGAAGAAAUGCUACAGAAAUGCAGGCAGGGCUUCACUGCAGCAGUGCUGGGACUUCUGGAGCUACUGCAAACCCUGCCAGCCCUGUCCUUCUCUGCUGCAGCACAGUGAGGACACAGAGUGCAAGCUAAUCAGGCAUUGCCAUGCAGCCUGCCAGUGCAGAGCAGCCUUGGGGAUUCCAGGCAAAUGGAGAGGCAGGCAGUUUUGUACAGUGCUGCUUUGUUUCUCACUUGAAAGUCUUGAAAGCUUUUCUUUUUCUCCUUUGCUUUGUCAUUCUCUUUUUAUGAGCCUGAAGUUUGUCAGGCUUUAACCCCAGCCAGCACCAGCAGUGCCAAGUGGGCAUGAAAACCACUGCUCCCUUCCCUAGCACAGGGAUUUUAUCCUGUGCAGAGCAGAAAAAAAGCAGAGCAGGAGUCACUCCAGAUGUGUUGUCUCUGUCUAUUUUCCUGCUUCGGUUCAGAAAUGUCUCUCUUCAAGAAAUGUCUCUUUUCAAACAGUUCCUGGGGUCCCUGAUGGAGGAAGUCAGGGAGAAGAGGAUAAGCUCAGCACCUGGGAGUUAACAGGGAAUUAACCCUCCCUGUGCUCACAAGGCUCCCCCAGCACUGCCCUAGAGCUCAGCCAAGCUCUCAGGGGCCUCUCUCACAAAAAGCAGGACCCUUCAUUGCAAUAUUUUUCCUGACAGUAGGAUCAGAGGAAAAAGCACCUUGCAACCCUCAAUCAUCUCUGGACAACCUGAGGAAUAAAUCCUGGACUUUGGUUUCUGUUCAGCUCCAUCCUGGUGUCUCUGUAGAGGGGAGGGAUCCUCUGUUAGGGAUUUUAAGGACCUGCAGGAGUGAGGAGAUCCCUUGGAAAAGCUGCCUGAGCAGGAGCAGAGCUGUGGGGACUGUGCUGUGCAGUGGCUGCUAAAUUCAGGCUCUAACUUGGAGCUGCAGGUUCUGAUUUCACUUACACAGGAGUGUGAAUCAGUGAUAUUUUCCCGGGAGCAGAGCAGAGGCAUCUGCUGCCCUUCCUUGUGCCCUGUCCCAGGGAAGCUGUGAAGAUCAAACCUCUCUCCAGGAAAAGGGUCCUGAAGCACAGGGAAGAAACUGGGAUGUCACAGAACACACGUGGCUCUCCUGCAAGCCUCUUCUCAAGUGCUGCAACACUCAUUUCUUUAACCUUGUGCUUGUUUGGGGCUGCACAGAAGCAUUUCCUCCUUUUUUUCUGCACCACCGGAUGCCUUAUCAAGGAAAGAAUCCAACCACUAUAAGCCAGUUUAUUGAGGCAGCCUGUACCUGUAAGCAGCUGCUGCUCAUGGAAAUGUGCAAUCUGUCUCCUGUCACAGAGGGUGGGGGCAGAAUGCCCAGAGCUUCUCACUAUUUUGAAUUACACUCCCCCUGCACUUCCCCAGAGCGACCUGGCUCGAAUUCUCCCCUUGCUGGCUCUUGCUGGUUCCCAAUUUUCAAGGGGUGAGACCAAUUUCCUUGCAGCAUUUUGCUAAAUGUAAGAAACCCUGGCAGACCUUGGGAGCAGCAGCCCCCUGUACCCCAACCCAUCACUCAGAGAACAAAACCAAUGGCAAUAUUUUUCUCUCAGCCUGAAAAAUCCCCACACUGGAGAGCCUCAGCCCCAGGAUCUCUCCAGCACACUUGUGCUGCUUGUGCUGCAGCAUUUCUUUAAGGGAUACAGCUGAUAUGAAAUCACCACGACCCCCUGCUUCCCUUGGAAUUUUCAGUGUUUUUUUCCCCCUCCUGGAUAAACAUCAGCCUGUUAAAAUCCUGUAUUUCUAUUCCAAUUUAAUUUCUCCAGCUCCACUUUGCAGCCAGCCAUCGUUUUGCCUCUCUCAGAUAAAAGCACUGUGAGUCCCCAGUGUUUCCUCACUGGGACAACCCUCAUCCAGCAAGAAGUUGUGUCCCAGGCAGCUUUUUGAUAAGCUCUGAGUUUUUUCAGUCUCUCACUGCAGCUGAUGGUGGUGACAGCCAAAGGUGACAUCGCUGGCAUGGGCUGGUGGCUACAGUUAAGGUUAAUUUUGCUGCCAGUAUUUAGUUAUGGGCACUCCUUGUUAGGAUUUAGCCGGUUCUUACCUCCAAAUAUGAGUUCUCCAAACACUUGGGCUGAGCCAAAAUUUAUCUCCUGCCCUGGAGCUGGGCUGAGCUCUUCCAUGGAGCAGCCAUAAAGUGCCUGAUGGAUGCAUCCCAUUUUACAGUACAGCUGAACUGCUGGGAAUAAAUGAUCUUUGAUGAAUUGUCCUCCUUUCCUUUGGGCCUGUUGCCAGGAGUUUACCUGCAAAGAGCUUUCCAAAGGGGCUGUAAUGUGAAUUGAGUUGCAUUAGGGUGGUUAAACGGAGACACUGCUGGCACAGGAGAGCUCUCCCUACCCUGGGAUCUGCUUGGACAAGGGGCACAGGAUCAGCUGGGGGGUCAGAGCCCAUCCCAUGGGAAUUCUGAGCUGUGGAUUGGGGCUGUGGGUGGCUCCUGCCCUCCCUGAGUCUCUAAAGCAGGAGGAGAUGGAUUUCAGUCCUUUACAUGGGGAGGAAGCUGGUGGGAAGGGGGAACUGAGUUGGAAACUGCUUUGCUGACCCCCCUGCAGCCCCAGCCAUCAGCUGCCACUGCCCUGCAAGGCACAGUGCAGGACAAAAGGGAAGAGGUUCAGCUUUAAAUGGAAAAACACUCUGGCAGAGCCCCUGUGCUCUAAAUUAAGCCACGGCAGAGCCAAGAGGGGUAUUGGGUUUCUCAUUUCUCCCUUCAUCCUCUCCCCUCCGGGCCCAGCUCCUGAGCUGGCUGCUCCCAUGGCACAGGGUGAGCCUCACUCCACAAAUGCCACCUAAAUCCCUGGGAGUGUCCACUUACAGCUCCAAAACCAUCCCAGGCAGGGGCUGAAUCCUGGGCUCAGAGCAGCUCAGUGGUCAGGGAGAAGAGGGAUCUGUGGGAUGCAGUGUGGCAGCAAGGAAUAGAGGGGUUAUUCCAGCCUGCCACCAACAAAAUUGGGGCAUUUUUGGGGAAUGGGAGGAGAUUGUGAGGAGAGGAGCUGGAGGCAGUGGGGUUUGACCCGAUCUGGGUAAGGGGAGGUG